AUGCGUGCUAUAACUAUUAGUUUGCUGGUAUUUGUGAGUUUCGUAAAUGCAUCAGAUUUAAAAAUAGAUAAAAUAAGAUUGGAGGAGGCUCUGAAAGGGAAUCGUGUUGGUGAAAGAAAUAGGAUUCUCCAAGGAAUUUUAAAUGAUCUAAUUAAUCAAUUACGUGAUGUUAUGGUGAAUGGAACUGAAAAUAUUCCCGUUUUGGAUCCUUUGAGGAUAGGGGAAAUAGAAGUUGGUGAAAAUAUUUUCGAAACACCGGAAUCAUUCAUCAAGAUUGGUGAGACACGGGUUGAUAAUUUGAGUACAUUUGUGUUUGAUACAUUAAAUAUUGCCAUAGAGGGAAUUAUCUUUCAACGAUACAUUUUGAGCUUUGACACACAUAUACCGGAAAUUAAUGUAAAUACAAACAGCUAUGACAUGAACUUUGUAGUAUUGGGCGGUCAAGUAUUUGGAGGCGGAAAUAUGAGUGUAAACGUUGUAAAACCGCGCAUCAAGGGAAGAUUGAGUACAUCUCUGAGGAUUAAUAAUGGAAUGUUCCUUACAAUUAAUGAUUGUGAAAUUCAAGUCAGUCUCGGAGAUUUUCAGCCCACCAUCACUGGUAUGUGGUAUAACGAAGUCGCAAGCUCGUUUAUUUCAAGGUUUUUUGGAAACCUUGUACCUGAGCUCAUGACGUUCUUUGAGUAUGAAAUCAACCAAAUCCUCAGUGAUGCAGUGAAAACUAUAGGAAAUGAAAUACUAAAGGAUAUUAAUGUUAUCGAUCUUAUAAGACCAUAA